AUGUCCCAUCCAACCCGCGAUCAGUCUCGCAAUGUAUUCUUCGUCCUUACACCGAAUAUCGAGGAUAUCCGUGGCGGAGUAGAUGCUGGUCCACAGUACACAAAGAACGACUUCUUGACGAUGCUCUGUAUCUGCCUCGACGCUCCGAAUGGGUUUAUGGUUGUUUCGGACGAUGGGCAGGUGGUAGAGGAUAGUUCUGACCUGCUCGAGAAGGGGGUUUAUAUCGUUAAGUCUGCACAGGAAGAUGUGAGACACCGUGAUGGGGGCUGUAUGAUCUCAGGGGCUGUUGCAAAAGGGGCGGACAGAGAUAUCUGGCUUGGGUUUGAGGCAGCACAUAUCGUUCCCGUGGCCCACGAGGCCGUUUUCCCCUCGAGCCAUCUCGAUGCCUAUGUGACUGACCGGACAGGAAUCAACUCGCCACAGAAUGGUAUCUUGAUGAAGGCUGAUCUUCGUCAGCUUUUUGACCAAUACUUCUUUGCGAUUAACCCGUUUAAAGGAUACAAAAUCUACACAUUCCAAGGAAUCGACGAAGAACUCGACGGAACAGUUAUAGCUGUCCUGGCCAAUAUGAGAGGAGCUGGUGAGCCGGUAUACGAACAUGACUUUCCUCCAGGGAGCGACCAAAUCGGACAUAUAUUGCAAGGCCCGCAGCCAGGAGAACGCAUGGAGUUUGAGCUUGCGAGUCGCUUGCAUGGUUUUCAUCCUGACACUUUCAUUUGA